CGAACUGUCAUCACGGCGGUAUCGCGCGCGUCGUCCGUACCGUGUCCGCGUUCCCCGUGCUGCGAGUAAACGCGAGUAAACGUGACGCGACACGACGUGACGUAUCGUGCCAGUGCCGUGUAACGCGACUCGCGAACGUGUCCCGUCCGUCACCGAGCGAUCGCGUCUCGAAAUCGCGUCGUUUCUUCCCUUUUUUUCUUCUCCCCCGUCGAAAAAGCCAAACCGCCGCCGCGCACGGUGGGUGCGCACGCAAGGUAGAACAGCUCGCACCGUUCGCUCGCUGCCGGCUCGGCCUCAGUCUACUGGAAGAUUCCAUUGUGCGAGAGUGGGCUUUCGAAAAGUUUCGCGGCACCGCCGGCGAGUUUCCGCGGACGUCCACACCGUCGACAAGCCGGGACAUCGAGCCAGCACCAGCGCGGAUCGUUUCGAGGGAGGAUCGUUCGACGAGCUCGCAAAAUAGAAGUAUCGUGCCCCUGCAAAAGAGGGGAAACGGCGAAUCGGAAGGAAGAAAAAUAUAGGAUAUCCCGUCGUUCCAUCGCGCGCGCUGUUUAUCCUGGGAAUCGAGCCGAGCGCGCGGGCGCCUCGACACUCCGCGCGAUUGCUUCGAGGCAAGAAGGAUCCUGGAAGGAUCGGACGGAAGGAAAACAACGUGCGCGGGAUAUGUACCAAGAGCCGAACAGCUCGUCGGGCAGCAACGCCUCCACCAAGGGCGACGAGGUCGAGCUUGUCAGUAGGUUCCUGGCGCCGCUCUGCGCCAGGGACGAGGCGGCCAGGAACAUCGCCCUGGCCGCGGCCAGGACCACCGUCGAGGGAUGGCUGGGCAGCGUCGGCAGUCCGAAUCGCUGGGAGGACGCCAGCGACAUCGAGGACACCAAGACCGCGACUGGCAAGUUCUCCGGUCAAGACGGAAGAUACGACAUGAGUGUCGAGCGGUCGCCAAUGAGGUCAUCGCCGAGGAGCGUGCAUCAGCACCAGCUGCUGCAGGAUACGUUCCAGACGGAGGGCUUCUUCCCGCAAAGCGUGAAUGAUAAUUCGGCAUCAUUUCUCGAGAAGAACAAUCCGGAGUCCUCGUACGAUUGCGUGGAUGGCCGUCUUCUGAACGAGAGGCGAUUCCGCGAGCGAUACAGCGACGGGGUCGAGAGCAGGUCCGGCCAUUCAACGUCCUCCGAUGAAAGUAGCAAGGGCUUCAACAUCGAGGGCAGAUGCCCACGCUUCGGCUCUAACUGCGAGAGCGAGCGAAAGUAUCCCGGCUCGUCGUCGAGCGACAGAUCGACGAGCGACGACUAUUGUCCUGGCAGGACGAAGAACAAUUACGCCAAGCUAAAGGGCGCCAAGCAGAAGCAGCUCGAGGAUGACGAGCUCGAUGCGGACACCCGGGUGUACGGCAAGAGUCCCAAGUUCGACGACAAUCUGAGCGGCUUCGCGUCGUUCGACUGUCGGAAUCGCCGAGCCAAAAUCACCGCCAGCGGCGAUUUGCUGACGCACGAGCAGCGCCGAUACUAUGAUGCUACCGACGACGACGUGUCCUUCAACGAGAGCGAGGCGGCGCGUAAUGACGGGGUCGUCUUCAACACACUCGACGGUUUUGAGAACGAGAACGAGCCGUCUUACCGUCAGGACAUGAGUCUGGAAAGCCGCGAGACAGCGGCGGGCUACGAGGAUAACCCGGAGGAUCCUCGUAAUCGGACGCAGCAGCAGGACUAUCUGCGCAAGAACGACGAGAGGAAGUUUAGCGCCGGCCAGAUCAAAAGGCCGCUCUCCCAGGACGAAGAUGUGUCCACGAAGAGCGGUAGAGUGCUCGAGAGCCCGGAAGUAACGCCCGGCGACGUUGGCAGGAUGCUGAAUCUCGGUAACGCCCUGGACGGACCCAGACAGGCGCAGGCUAACAAAUAUCUAAGUUUGGUGACGUUACACCUGCCGGUGAUACUCAGGCUUAGCGUCAACUGUCCCUUUCAGAACGUCAGGAUCAAGUGUGCGGAAAUCCUUCAGAUGGUCAAGGAUAGAGGACUUCCAGUACCAGUGCCGGCUUUCGAUGGACCUAGUGCCUUCGUCCCUCUUUCGGAGCUGCCGGACUUGAACAAUCUCGACGAGAAGACGCAUGUGCUAUUGAUGGAUGCUUUCGUACAGAACAACAGGCUGGAUCAUGUCUCCAGAGUAAUGUCAUCACACCCAUCGUAUCUGGAACAUUUCCUGCGGACUCAGCAUUUCAUCCUUCGAGGAGAUGGACCUCUCCCUUAUGACUACCGACAUCUCAUCGCCAUUAUGGCCGCUGGCAGACAUCAAUGUAGCUACCUUAUAAACCUGCAGAAGAGAGAGUUUCUUCUUCAGGGCGGUGAUCCCUUGUGGCUCCAAGGUCUUAGAUCUAUACCGGGAAAACUGCAAGAUCUCUAUGAGAUCAACAAGAUCCUAGCUCACAGACCGUGGCUCCUGAACAAAUCGCACAUAGAGAAGUUGACUAAGGGCGAUGACAAUUGGUCCUUAGCUGAGGUCGUCCAAGCGAUAGUGUUAUUAGCUCACUUCCACUCAUUAUCGUCUUUCGUAUUUUCCUGUGGAAUUAACGAGGAAUUGGAUAACAUAACUGGCCACCACUACAAGGAGAACAUACAGGACAAUAGUAAUAACGUACCUCCCGCCAAAGAUAAAUUAUCCAGCAGUCCGAAAAAAAUUCUCAACGGUGACGGUAAGACCGAAAAUAUGCCAUCACCACCAUCGUCACCGAGCAUAGUUGGCGAGCAGGAAGUCGGCGUGGAGACUCUGAUGGAACGUAUGAAACGCCUCUCGGAAAAGUCCGAGUCCUACCAGAUCACGCAAGAAGAACUCUCCAAGAGAUUCGAGACUGUUGAAACACAAUCAGCCGAGCUGACGGCGGCGCCGCAGAGGAGUAGCUCGGUCCUUGACUCAGAUAUCGGUCUAUUCAUCGAGGAUCCCACCUUCAUCUAUCAGGAUUUCGCUAAGCGCGGUCAGCUGAACGAUAUUCCGACCUUCCGUGUCCAGGAUUACUCUUGGGAUGAUCAUGGUUAUUCCCUGGUGAAUCGUCUUUACAACGACGUCGGUAAUCUUCUCGACGAUAAAUUCAAGACCGCGUACAAUCUGACAUACUACACCAUGGGCACGCACAAUAAGGUCGACACAUCGCGCUUCAGACGGGCGAUCUGGAAUUACAUACAGUGUAUGUUUGGCAUCAGGCACGACGAUUACGAUUAUAACGAGGUGAAUCAAUUACUCGAGCGUAGCCUCAAAACUUUCAUCAAGAGCGCCGUUUGUUAUCCGGAACGUGUCACUAAAAAGGAUUACGAUCGCGUCAUGAGGGAGUUCAAACACAGCGAAAAGGUCCAUGUAAACCUGAUGAUUCUAGAGGCUCGCAUGCAAGCGGAAUUGCUAUAUGCUCUUCGUGCCGUGAUGCGAUACAUGACCUAAAGCGGAGUUUUGCGUCAUCCCUUCGUCUAUCUGCUGUCUGUCAGUUUUGUCGAUUUGUUUUCUCAAACCACUCUCCGCGCUAUCCGGAUUCCCGGGAUCUGCGCAAGAGAUGGAAGGAACGAGUGAGCGCGAUAUCAUCGAGUUUCAUGUGUGAAACAUACACAUAUACGUGCGCGACAUCAUGAAGCCACUUCAUCGUCAACUUCACCGUGAAUCGCGGUGAUAAAGAGCAAUCGUGAUUCUUUAAUUAAGGAAAGGCGAUAAUGAAGAAGUGAGGAAGAAAGAAGAAACGAAAUAAAGGAAGAUAUGAGUCGAUAGGAAAGGAAGAUGCAAAGAAUUGCAAUACGUGGCCGUUUAGCUGCGCUUGCUACGUGAUCUAAUGGCGCAUUCAAUGCAUCUUUGUUCCUCGAGCGAUUUAUUAAUAAUGACAUCGAUCGCAAGUUGCGUCUAUUCAUAAUAAUGUUAAUAUAGUUUGUGGCGGAUAUAUAGGAUCGGCAGAGUGCUUUUUCUUUCGUACAUGUUUGGGAGAGAAUUAGAGAGGGAACUAAGAGGAGAGAAAGAGAUUGUGUGAACAGACAGAAAAAAAGACAAGGCUAGGGAUGACAAAGAGAGGAAAGUUUAUAAUUUGUUUUGUACAUAGACACUUGUAUUUUUCUACGUUCGGCAUCGUAGCAGACUGUUAUUUGUGCGUUUCGUUUAUGUUUCAGAUCUGUUAAAAAAAAGUUUGCUCUCGCCUGUUAGUAGCUUUCGCGUCGGGCUUUAAUUUUAUACAUAUACACAUUUCUCUGCGUUUAUGUUUCGAUCUUUUGCGCCAUUCGCCAACAAGUUCAUGGAUAAACGUAUCAUCAAAUGCGUGCAUACACGAAACAAAAUUUUAGCUCCGCGCGCAAUAUUUUGUUUCUACUUUUGGGUCGGGUGAUAACUUGUCGAGAAGAAAAUUAAUUGUAAAAUUAAAUUAAGAAAUCUAUUAACGCUGAAUCCGUCUCAAUUUCGUCUCCGAGUCUUUCGUUCUUGUGCACAUACACAACACAUUGCAAGUUAUCGUCAUAUAAGUAUACAAAAGAGACGAUUUCUCUCUCGAUGUUGACAUCAAGUUCGUGACAAUUUGAUUUCUCUGACGAUAAUAGAUUUCUUAAUUUAGCGUUAAUAGAUUUCUUAAUUUAAUCUUACAAUUAAUUUUCCUUCUUAACAAGUUAUCACCCGACACAAAAGUAAAAAAUAUUAUAUGUACAAUAUACACAUAUACAUGAUGCGUUUUAUCUUCGUUUUAUUUCGAUGAUUCCAUCUCAUAAAAACAAAAAGGAACGUGAAAGCUAACGUAAAACUGUAUCUACUUACCAUUCGUUAUACGCAUAUGUCGAGCAAACCUUAGAUUGUAGGACGAUCCGCGAUCACGUGCAGCACCACAUACACGUACACAUAUGCAUAUACACUCAUAUACACGUUUCGAUGCACGCGAUCGCGGAGAGAAGCAAUGCCUGUCGGCUGUGUUUAUUUACUGAGGGAUGACGCGCUCUAUUAUCGUUUAGCCGAAUGCGAAAAGCAUCGCAAAUCGCUUGCUUUCAAUCAUCCAAGAACAAGCUGUCUUUUCAUCUUGAUAUUAAGAUACAGUAGAUAGAUCGGUUUUUGAGAAUUGAAUAUUAUUAUUCUUGUCGGCAAACAAAUUAAAUAAGAGAGAUUAAAGUCUUGGUUGGAAACGAAACUUGAAAAAUAUUUGUCUCAACUCGCCAAACUCGUAUUGAAUGAUAAAUAUCGAUCUACUUCGUUUGCGUAUCACGUAUACCGCGUAUGUCGAGUUUUGCACGAGAAGAAGAUUCGGCUGCUAUUUUGAAUUGGAGAAAGAAAAAUUAUUGUACUCGUUCUGUGUCGAUAAUUCGUAAUUUGAAGGAGGGAGGAAGAUGGCACGAAGGAAAGCGUGGAUCGGGAUUACUAGACUCGUAUGAGAACCGCGACCGACCACGAAAACACCAAUCUCUCUCGACGCCCAAUAUCAUGCGCACACGCGCGCGUAGGUGUUUAUCAACGAAUUUCCAUGCCUUCUAAUAGCCUCCCUCCGUAGCCUCUAAUAUAAUGCACUAUAGAGGAGAAAGAAAGAGAGAGAGAGAACUUAAUAGAGCGAUGGGGUACGCAAUACACAAUUGACGGAGCCCUGUCUCUCCCUCGGCGAUUAAUUACGAUCGUUAGAACAGCGAGGACACUGAACAAACGGUGUCAAAGUGUUGUGCACGAGGAGGAUCGAGGAGAGGCUGUUUAAACACAAAUCAAAUCCUUAUAAUAGAUUGUUAAGGUAUA